UACUGGGAACAAAAGCUUUGAUAGCCAUUUAAUUGGAGGUUAAUUGAGAUUCCCCCACCCCCUGCACGGUCAUGCAAGCCAAUCAGGUCAGGCGACACGUUAUCACGUAAGACGCACGCAGCCAACGAUCACCACCAGACGGUCAUGAGACAGCCUCCCCGUUGUCAGCUGAGAAUGACCCAUCCCCCCCGCUUCUCGUGACCGCGCCCUUCCAUCGCCUAUAAGAACCCCCGUCGUCUUGCCGUCGCUGGUGCUCCCCAUCUGCCCAUCCCACAUAUCGCCAACGUUGUCCACCACAAACCACCACCACAAACAAUCAAUAACCUUCACCUUUACUCGCCCACCAUGAUCAACACCGCCGAACCCGUCGACAUCAACCCCAUCACCGACGACCAAGACCAAUCCCGUCGCCGUGACCGUAAAAUGCCCGACGUCAUGAUCCCCACAACCCUGAAACACAUUCCACCCUCGACCCGUCGUCGCCGCGAGAGCAAGGUGAGCGAUUCGGGUGUGAGUGAUAUGUCAACGAGCCCGACGAGUCCGAAGGAGAGGAGGAUGAGUGGGAGUGCGGUUGCGCAUCCGGAUGAUGUAGAGGAUGAGGGGGGGAGCGUGGAGGUUAUUGACAAGUUGAAGAAGUUGAAGUGGCACAUCAACACCCCCGCCUCUAAACUCGACCAUAUUGACGCCCCCGACCUCCUCUCUCAACCCCUCACCUCGCCCCCCCUCCGCGUCCUCCACCUCAUCUUCCCCCAAGGUCUCACCCUCACCGUCCGUAACACCAAAACUGGCGUCACGGUAAAAGAUGCCAUGGAUAUGAUUUACAAGAAGUUUAAGAAGAUGAAGGAUGAUGAGAUUCCGGAGGGAGUGUUGGGGGGGUUCGUGUGGGAUAAGGAGGAGUAUGGGUUUGGGGGGUUGGGGGUUGUUUUGGCGAGGCAGUAGAUGCCCUAUGAGGGUGUAGAUAAGAGAUGAGAGGAGAGUGUAUGAUAGGAUGACAGAUCUUUUUGUAAGCCCUUGACGAGCCGGAUUGGCUGUCUUGCUACGGAAU